AUGUCUGGUACAGAAUCAAAGCCACAAAGAAAGCAACAACACCAUUGGCAGCUGAGCUCCAUCCAGCAAGAGAGCCACAAAGUUGAUGAUAAUAGAGAUAUUAAGUUGACUCGAAAGCUUGGACUUCUUGGUAGGAGUGAUUCCCGCAUUGAGCAUGAUCUUGGUAUCGUUACCUGUUGCAGCCACAAUACAGAGAGCCCAUUUGGUGUUUCUGAGAGAAGCACCUCUGAGCAACACGUUAUCGUAAGUAGCCGGUUCCUGGGCCUCGUGGCCGGUAGUGUCAUGUUCCGAGUCGUACGCAGUGUAUUUGACCACACCUCUAAACUUGUACAGAUUAGCAUUUGGAGGUUCUGUCUCGACGACCAUUCGCACUCUUUCCAAGUCAGCCGCAUGUUUCAGGCCCAAGCCGCAUUUGAGAGCGUGUUUACUCUUCAAGUUUGUCUCACCGUCGAGAUUUUUAGUCUCGACGUAACACUCGCCAAACUCGUCACUGGUCGAAAGCAGGAUCGCAUCGGCAGGCACUUCCUCGUUGUUUCUGAUCCGAAUGAUGUCUCCCACGCUAAUGUCUUUCCAGAAUUUAUUUUGGAACUUUGGAACGGCCUGCAUGCCUGGACUUUGCACUCCAAAGAUCUGGAACGCUCCCAGAAUAAUAAUCAACAGGAAAUACGAGUUGGCGAUAUUGGUGAACUGGAAGAAGAUAUUCUUUGGAAGAAAUGA